AUGGUGGGGGAAUCAACUUCAACCGCCAAAGACCCAUUCUCUCUGCCUCCUUUGGUUGCACCAAACCUUCCGGAUUGGGACAACAAACAGGAAGAACAUGAUUACCUAAAGAAGGACAAAAAGUAUGAGGCGGAGAAGUCUGUGCGCAAGGCAAAUGAAGCAGCUCUUUGCGCAAUGUUGAAACGCCACUGCUCCGCAGCAUUCCUGAGCGCUGCUGAGAGCCAUCCCAAGUGGAGCACGGUCAUCGCAAACAACAGCUCAAUGGACAAGCUCAAGGUCUUCCAGAUUGUGGCGGCCACAGGCGGAUCUACCAAUGUUGAUCCAACCAUGAUGAGUGUCGAAGCUCAAAGGAAGGCUUACACCUGCAAGCAGAAGGAAAACCAGACCAAUGCAGAAUACCUCCAAGUCUUCAUGCAGCUUUCCAAUACCGCCAGAUUCUGCGACUGCCCCAUGGGAGCCUCCCUAUCCAGGCUCAUCCAAGAGAUCGGCAAAUCGGACCCAACACUGGCUGAACUGAGAGCGGUAGAAGAGAAGAUUGUGGAGAAGGAGAUGGCAAUGGCUUUUCUCCUCGGAGCCGACAGAAAGCGGUACGGGAGCCUUAUUGCCCAGGCCAACAAUGCAAGACUGUUCAGCGGAAGCGACACGUUUCCCACCACCAUGUCAGGAGCUAUCGAAUUGCUCAACAACAGCAGGCCACGUAUUACCUCGUAUCAUUCAAGCAUCCGCAGCUCGGAAAUCGUUGAUGAGUAUUUGGCCACUGAGGAACCUAGCGAUUCAAUCAACCCAGUCAAUACUGACUCCAUAGCAGUCGAUGAAGACGUUUCCACCACUGAACACCUCUUCCUUCAUUCCAACAACAAGUCGUACGUGAAACUCAUUCUGAAGCGCCACCCCCAAUCCGGCCUACCGGUAACAUGGAUCGUUCUGGACACUGGGUCUACAGCAAACAUUUUUUGCAAUCGAUCACUACUACAAAACAUUCACAAGGUCAAACAUAAACUGAAUGUACGAUGCAAUGCAGGAGUGGUACAAUUGGACAUGAAGGGAUAUUUUGGGGAUUAUCCGGACCCGGUAUGGUUCAACCCCGAUGGGAUCGCCAACAUCCUAUCAUUCCAUGAUGUCAACAAGCACUACCACGUUGUGUAUGACAACAGGGGAGCGGACCGAUUUGUGGUGGACUUUGGCGGCACCAAGAAAGUCGAAUUCCUCCCAACCGACAAGGGAUUGUAUCACAUCAACCUCGAUGACUAUCGCAAGACGUCAUGGACGUUUCUGGAAACCGUGAAAGGGCAAAAAGCCAAGCACACCAAAGCGGCUGUAAUGCGAGCGGCGCAGGCUAGACACAUUCAAAACAUCAUCGGCCGACCAGGAGAUCGACGAUUCACCGAUAUCGUGAACAAAAAUCUGCUCCGUGACUGUCCUGUGACAGCAGAAGACAUCAGAGUGGCCCACAACAUUUAUGGACCUAAUCUCGGGUUGCUAAAGAGAAAAACCACUUCCCGCAACGACAGCCACGUGAGGACCGAGGUGGGACCGAUUCCAGGCCAUAUCCAGCAACUCUAUUCAGAUGUCACAUUGGCAAUUGACAUAUUAUUUGUAAACAAAGUCCCGUUCCUGGUCAGCAUUUCCAGACACCUGAAGUUUGGUAGUGUGGAGCGCCUCACCAACAGACGCAUCAAGACCAUCACCGACAGCAUGCGCAAAGUAUUCGAACUCUACUCCCGACGCAACUUCAAGGUCAAAUGCAUUCUUGGGGACCCAGAGUUUGAGCCUUUAAAACAACAAUUCCCCAAUAUCCAGGUCGACUGCUGUGGUGCAGAUGAGCACGUGCCGGAAGUGGAGCGCUUUAUCCGCACUAUCAAGGACAGGGUGCGCAGCACGUAUAACAUGCUGCCAUUUCGACGAAUUCCCAAACUGAUGCUAGAACACAUGAUUCGAAAUGCAGUGUUCUGGCUCAACGCUUUCCCAGCAUUGGAUGGGGUUUCUGACACGCUUUCGCCUAAAUAUAUUGUAACCGGAAGAAAUGUAAACAUGAAACUCCACGUCCGCACCGAAUUUGGCGCAUACGUCCAAACUCAUGAGGAACAUUCCAAUGAUAUGCGUGCACGCACGCUGGGCGCCAUAUGCCUUGGGCCCACCGGUGCAGCACAAGGCUCACACUAUUUCAUGAGCGUUGCAACCGGCAAGCGCAUCACAAGGCAACACUGGACACCACUACCCAUGCCUACUGAUGUCAUCGAGGCCGUCAGCAACCGUGGGCUACAACAGGGCAUGCCCACUACACUGACAUUUGCAGACCGGCACGGAAUGGAGCUUAUCGACGACGAUGACGACGUGGACGACGACCACGACUCCUUGUACAGCUCUUCCAAUGCGUCCGCCACCCACACUCACACAGAUGACGAUGACAUUAGCUAUGACAGUGAUGCUAGCGAUGUCACCAUGCCACCUCCACAAACACCUGUGGACGAUGAUGCCAGCGCCUACGACAACACCAAUUCCGUAGAUGACGCUGAUGAAACUGAUAGUACUCACAGUGAUGAUCCAGACAACGACCAGCCUCCCGACAACGCCGGGGUCCUGCCCGCAGGAGUGAAUGAACAUCAGCUGCAACAACACCAACCACAGUUCCCUGAUGAAGACACAGGAGUGAAUGCCAGAAACACAGGAGUGGACGCCAGAAAUACAGGAGUGGGCAGCAUAAGUACACAAAUGGACCACCAAGAUGACAGUUCCACAACCAGUGAUGACAGUGACUACAGUCCGGAAGAUGAUGACGCCCGAGAGCAAGCUGUCGCGGAUACACAACUGAAUGAAUUGAUCGAAGAGAUCCAACAAGAGGUGCAACAGGAAGUACAAGAACUUCAGAACUUGACCCAAAAUCAGAACCGACAACAAAUCAAUGAUGACAUGGAUAGAGCGUAUGGUGAAAGACAACAUGGAAGAAACCUUCGUCCCAGAAAAUACCCAACAACUCAUGGAGAUCACCAGGUCCUCAUUCAGGUCCCACACAGGGAUGAACCUAUACCGGAAUACACAGAGAUGGUAACCUUGUUCCAUCAUGAAGUGGCUUUUCUUACGGAGCAAAUGUCAGCAAAGAAAGGAUUGAAAGUGUUUGGAGAAUCAGGAGCAGAGGCCAUUGUAGCGGAAAUGCAUCAGAUACACUACAGGAAUGUGUUAUCGCCCAAGUACAGGAGCCAACUGACACCAGAACAAAGGAGGAACGCCUUGAGAUACCUAAUGUUCCUGAAGGAAAAGAGAUGUGGAAAGGUCAAGGCCCGCGGAUGCGCCGACGGGCGCCGCCAACGUCUCUACAAAACAAGGGAAGAGACAUCCGCACCGACAGUACGCACCGAGUCCUUUGUGAUCACCUGCGCAAUUGAUGCCAAAGAAGGCCGCAAGGUCAUGACAAUUGACACUCCUGGAGCAUUCAUGCAGGCUGAUACAGACGAGAUUAUCCACGUCAAGUUCGAAGGGGAGAUAGCCGAACUACUAACAAAAGUUGACCCAGCCCUGUACACCAAAUACGUUGCAUAUGAAGGAAAGAAGCCGGUCAUAUAUGCACAGCUGAACAAGAACCUCUACAUGACCUUGCAAGGAGCGCUGUGCUGGUGGAAGAACCUUUCUGGGUUCCUGGUGGACGAAUUGGGGUACGAGACCAACCCGUAUGACAGCUGCGUUGUCAACAAGAUGAUCAAUGGAAAGCAAUGCACCAUCAUCUGGCAUGUUGAUGACUUGAAGGUUUCUCACAUGGAGCAAGAAGUCCUUGAGGAUAUUGCAUCUAGACUGAGUGAAAGGUACGGAAAGGAGGCACCCCUCACAAUCCAAAGAGGUGACGUGCAUGAAUACCUUGGGGUCACGAUCGAUUUCAGCGAAAAAGGAAAGGUAAAGUUUUCCAUGGAUGAUUAUGUCGACAGAUUACUCGAAGAAGCACCAGAGGAUAUGAAAGGACUGGCUACAUCACCGGCAGCCAAUCAUCUGUUCCAAGUCAAGGAUGAGCCGGUAUUUUUGGACAGCAAGAGGGCCAAACUAUUCCACCACAUCACGGCAAAACUUUUAUACCUGUGCAAGAGAGUUAGGGGGGACUUAAUGACUGCAGUUGCAUUUUUGACAACCAGAGUCUCCAAGCCAGACGAAGACGAUUACGCAAAAUUGGGCAGAUCCAUCAAAUAUUUGAGAGCUACCAGGUACAUGCCCCUGACAAUUGAGUUGGACGACAAGUUUGUCAUGCAAUGGUGGGUGGACGUGUCCUUCGCAGUUCACAAGGACAUGAAGAGCCACACUGGCGCUGUAUUGACCAUGGGUAAGGGCGCCAUCAUCGCUAUCUCAACCAAACAAAAGAUCAAUACUGACAGUUCGACUGUAGCAGAAUUGGUUGGAGUACACGACGCACUACCCAUGAUCAUGUGGUCCAGAUACUUCAUCAUUUCACAAGGAUACGAAGUGGUCGACAACAUCAUCCACCAGGACAAUCAGAGCGCCAUGCUGCUCGAGAAGAAUGGAAGAUCAUCUUGCGGCAGGAAGACAAGAGCCCUCGACGUGCGAUACUUUUCUAUUACCGACAAGAUCAAGAGUGGAUUCAUGAGAGUACUUCACUGCCCGACAGCCAAAAUGCUGGGAGACUUCUUCACCAAGCCUACGCAGGGAACACUGUUCCGCACAUUCAGAAACCUCAUUAUGAACCCUUCCGACCAAUACUCCUAG